CUCUCUCCCUCCUCCCCCGCCCGCUCCGUCCUUCCACUUCCUGGGGCCGGCGGAUGGCGGGGGCCGCCCCGCGCCGCCUCAUGCCGCCGGCCCGGUAGCGGCGCCGCGCCGGGGGCCGGGCGGGGCGGCCAUGAGGGCGGCCUGAGGGACGGCUCCGGGCGAGCCCCGGCCAUGGGCGAGAGGCGGCGCGGAGAGAGCGGCGAGGCGGGCACGGGACUGUCCCUGGAUCCCGAGGAGCAGGGCUGCUCCCUGCUGCAGCGGGCCGUGGCGCUGCUGCAGAGCUCCUCCCUGCACUCCAGCUCCCAGCAAGGCUUCCAGUACAGCAGAGCCAUCCUGGUGGAAAAUGAGCUUUUCCUGAGUGAGCUCCGAGCUUUUGCCCGAGCCAAGGCAGCUGCAGGAUACAGCCAGGAGGAGCUGCAGGAGACCUUUGCAUUCCUGCUCUUUGACAAGGAGGAGGAGGCCCAGCGGGUGUGUCAGAGCGGGCUCCGUGUCAACAGCAGCAACAUCUCCACCCUGGGGGACCCUGCCAAAGGGGUUUAUAUUUCCAAAUAUUCUGACUGUCUCCAUCCCAGCCCUUGGCACCAGGGAAAAUCAGGAUUUAUUGUCAUCUGUAAGCUCAUCAAGGGCAAGGUCAGAGCCAUCCCUGAGAGCUCCCCCAGCAGCUCCACCUGCCCCUCGCCCGGCUACGACUGCCACGUGUCCAGCGGGAGCAGCCAGUACUACGUGUACGAGGUGAGCGGGGCGGGAGCGGCCGAGCGGCCCCGCCAGGUGUGUCCCUACGUGCUGCUGGCCUGCCAGUACCGCGCGCCCCGGGAGAUGCCCGCGCCGGCCCCGCACCGCCCAGUGGAGCAGAACCACCAAGAGCCGCGGUCGCUGUCGGCAGCGCCGUGCCCGUGGCGGGGCCAGCUCUGCAUCGGGGGCCGGCGCCUCUGCACCAUCGGCCUGAGGAGCCGCAAACUCCCAGCUCUCCUUAAUCCUGAAAUUUCUGUGCUUUAUCCCCUCAGGCCUCCCAGCCUGGACAUCAAACACGUCAUGGGAUUGUCUGACUUGAAGAAAAAACUGCCAGAAGCUGCAUUUGGGAAAAAAAAUUACACUAGGAAUGAAGUCUGCUUUCAGGGUGUUUACUCCAGUCUCUACGAGGUGGAAAUAUCCAAUAAGGAUCAAUCCAGAAUGGAUCAGCUGGUGGAAAAGCUGAAGGAGAAGGAUUUGGCAAUCAUCAAAUAUUUACAGGACCAAGGAGUUCUCAUCCUGCUCACGUCCUCAGCCUUGGCACGGGAGGAUGGCCUGGAGCCCAAGGAGCCCGUCAGCCUGCUGGCCCUGUUCCUGUUCCGCUCCCCGCGGGCGCUGAGCCCCCGAGUGGAAAAGCAGGAGCCAAAGGAGAGGCAGGGGGGCAGUGCCAGGAGUGCCAUCUCCCUAAAAAUCGCCUCCGUUUUGCCGGGACUCCGCUACGCCUUAUGGAAAGCAGCCGCUUCCUCCUGCAAUGCCACGGGCAGCCCCAGCAUCCAGGAGCACCUCCAGGAAUAUGCAAAACUCCAGGAAAACUCUGAGGGCACCCCUGGGCAGAGCAGUGACAUUCCCGUGGCUCCUGUCCCCUCUCCGUGGCAGGAUGGGGGUGCUGACCCUUCCCAGAAGCUCUCGGAGCGAUCCCUGGCCCAGCUGCGCCGUUACCUCUCCAACCCCAGCAGCUUCACCCUGGGAGUCUCAGCAGCUUUGCAAUGUCUCAGUGGGGCUGGCAGGAAUCUGGGAGAUGAUCCUGGGAAUUCCUUCUCUUCCUCAGUGCCCCCAGAUCCUGCUCUUCCCACCAGAGCAGCGGGAAUAAUGCGGGAUAAGGGAGAGCUUCCCGCUUCUGCUCCGGAGAGAUUCCCUAAAAGUGUCACCUCUCCCACCAAGCCCUGGGGCAGGGAGAUCAGGAGGAAAUCCAGCAGGAUCCUUGGGAAGAGCGUGCCACCCCUCAAGGCACAAACACAUCCUGAGGAGAACAACAGCAGGAGCAGGGAGGCAGCCAAGAAAAAAACCAACGUGGCUUCCUCUUGUCCCAAAAAAUCCGGAUCUACUGGAAAUUCCAACGAGCCCAUGCUGAAAUUGGCCAAUUUGCAGUUGCCACAUGGAAGGAAAAGAGGUGCAGAGGUCCUGGCUGCAGAAAUUGUCCACAAACCCCAGUGUGAAAGUGCUGAGAAGGAAAGCUCAGCUCCCAAUGGUCCUGGCGUGGAGGCAAAGAGGCCAAAAACUGUGGAAAACCUGGACUCAAAGAAGGUUCCUGUCACUGAGAGUGGCACAAAGCCAGGGAAAAGCAAAAUGCAGAAAAACGUGGAAAACAAAACAUCAAAACCUCCAGAGAAGCAGCAGGAAGGGAGUGAGUGGAAGGAGCUGCUCUCGGAGCUCCCCAGCGAAGCCUCAUCCCAACCCCCCGGAGCAGAAAUCCCAAGGAAUGUUCAUCCCAUGGCAAUUCCCAGCGUUGCCUUUGCCCUGCCAGGGGACAACAGUGACUCCCACGCCCUGAACCUGCUGGCUGACCUGGCCCUGGGCUCCUGCAUUCCUGCCUUUAUUCCCAAGGAUUCUGGGAUCGUCCCUGUGGAAUCUGGGGAUUCCUGGGAGCAGCAGAGCCCGUCCGACCCCAAAUCCCUGCGCGUGGAUUCCGACCACAAAUACCACAGGGCAGACAAGCAGGGCAAAAAAUGCACCUCCAGCAAAGUGUCCCUGACCCAGCCACUUCCUGAAGAAACAGAUUCCAGCCAGCUGGCCUCUCCUCCCAGGGAAAAACCUUCUGGAAUUUUCAGCAGGAGCAGCGGGAUUCCCAUCCCCGCCGUAUUCCAGGUGCUCCCUCCCCGCCAAGCUCCGCAAGCCUGCGAUGUGAACAAGCACUCCAUCAUCUCAGCCGAGCACUCCUACGCCUCCCCCAUGCCCGACGAUCCCAAAGCAUCCCCAGAUCCCAAAGGGAAUCCCAGUGCUGCCCCCAGGAACCCUCCAGGAGCUCCCUUGGUCGGGAAGGUGCUGCCGUUCCGGCACCAGCAGAGCAGCGCCGCCGAGCCCGCCCGGAGCCUGAGCUCUGCCAGGAAAAAGGAGGAUUUCUCCAAGAGCCACACGGUGAAUCUCUGUGGGAAUUCCAUGAAGGUCACGUGCCGUUGGGAGGAGGAAUAUCUCUUCCACCUGGACAGCAGGUACACCAAUGAUUCCCUGGAGAAAACUGUCAUCCGUGCCCUGCAUGGGCCCUGGGAUCCCAAUCUUCCCGACGAUGUGGAAGGGAUGAAGCUGAUCCUGCACAUGUGGGUGGCUCUGUUCUACAGGAAGCCCAGCAAGCUCCUGAGCAGCUCCAGGAAGGUGGUGGAGCACAGCAAUCCCAGGAAAUUCGUCUCCAUCAACAGCUCCGGUGGCUUCCUGGAGCUCAGCGACGACAGCCAGGACUGCUUUGGCUUUGAGACGUGUCCUGCAGACUCCGGCUCGGAUCCUGACCAGACUCCCAGCAGCUCCCUGGAUCCCAGCACCCCUUCCCAGGGCGCUUCCCAGCCCGAGAAGAGCCCAGCGGAUUCCCAGACGGACGCGGACGGAGCUGCUGGAGCUGUGGACAGCACGGUGUCCUCCUCCUCUGGGGAGCUGCCCUGCGGGGAGGAGGAGGAGCCUUCCUCCACCAGCUGUCCCGAGAGCCUUUCCCUGCAGGAUCAUUCCAGGGAAAAGCUGGAUGUGGCAGGCGGGGAGCCGGAAGGCGUUCCCGAGGAGAGCGCGCGCGACGUCUCGAGCGUCACCGCGGAGGAGGCAGCCAAGGAGGACCUGCUGGAUGCCAGGAUCACCCCCAGCCCUCCCGAGGAGCUCGGCUGUCCCAGCAAAUCCCCGGAUGUGCCAGGCACGGAAAACCCCGGGAGCCAAGCCCCAAACUCCAGCACAGCUCCAUGGACAGACCCCCCCUGUGCACCUCAGGAAAACGGGGAGCAGCAGCAGGAAAACCAGCAGGGAGCAGGCUCAGGGAGUGGCCCCGGCCCUCCCGAGGAUGAGGAGGGAAUGGGAGGCUCUGGGCAUUCCCUGGACGUUGAGGAUGGCGCUGAUCCGCAGCCUGCCUGUGAUUCCGUGCCCUUGGAAGCAACUCCUGGAAGUGCAGAGCCUGGGGGAGCCACUGAGGAAGGGGAGGAAUGCCAGGAGCCCUCGGAGCACUCGGAAAAAGAGGAGAGGGAGGUGGAGGAGGAGAAGAAGGAGAACGAGGAGUUGGAGGAUGAAAGCUCCUUCGUGGGCCCCGUGGGUUUGGUGCUGUCCGAGAGCAGCGAUGCCGAGAUGGAAUGCGAGCACGGCGAGAAGAAUCCAGGGAAUUUGGCAUCUCCAGAGCAGUUUGGUGUUCCUGAAGAGGCUCCCCUGCCCAGCCCCACCUCCCUGGCACCCUCCUGCCCCGACAGAUCCUCCCCAGCGCCCUCAGAUGGGGCCGGGACUGACCCUGGAGGCUUUCCUGAGGAGAUGUCACCAAACCAGGAGGAGCUCCCGGAUCCCUGGGACGCUCCGGGCACGCCGGAGUCGGAGACAAACGGGAUUGGAGUGGCCAGUCCGGCCGAGGUGGGGUCACCCCACAGUGACAGCGGGGAGCUGGCAGUGCCCCCAGAGCCCAGCCCUGUCCGUGGGGCACAGCCCGACAGCGUUACAGACAGCCCGGGACCUGCCAGAGACACACUGGGAAACGGCUCCGGGCACAAAAACCAGGAUCAGGCUCCCUCUGGGGAACGCUGGGAGCGUGCUGGGAGCACAGGGUCCCCCUGCAGACAGGGAGUGAGCCUGGCCCUGUCCCCCGACUCCAGCUCCGUCUGCCUGACCUCUCCCGACGGCUCCGUGGAUCCGUGGGCUGCUCCGGAGGAUCAGCCCGUGGAGAGCGUCCAGUCCCCGUCCCAGAGCGACCUGGGACGGAGCAGCUGCUUCUCCCAGCUGGGUGGGGAUGACACCGAUCCCGACCCAAAUUCCCUGGAUGCUGAGGAGUCAAACCAAGGCAGGAAUGGGAUUUUGGUGGAGGAACAGCAGGGGAGCCCCUCUGCCAAUGACACGGAGGAGCUGGAUGAUCCCAUGGGAGCGGGAGAUAGCCGGGACUCCCCCUUUGAGUACACAGACAGAGGAGAUGACUGCAGAGCUGAGGAGAGCGAGGAUGUGUUCCCUGGGACAGAGAAUUCCCCUGGGAAUGACACCACAAACGUGGAGAUGGCGGAGAUGCCUCUCCACCAUCACCUCCUGGAAUCAGAGCCCUCCUCCUCCAUCAGGGAGGGCAUCUCAGCCAUACAGGAGCUCCCCAGGCAGCAGCAGAGCUUCCCAAACCUCCACGGGGACUCAGCUCCUGCUUCUCCUGGCGCCGGAGACUCCAACCCCGGCAUUCCCGCCGUGCCGGGCCGGCGGGAGUCGGUGCUGUGCCGCCUCUGGAAGCCGUGCCGGGAAGGAGGAGCCACGCAGGUGAGUGUGGCUGCCUGGAGCCUGGAUGGCUCCUUCCAUCCCAGCUGUUCCCAAGAGCUGCUGGAGUCCCCAGCUCCCUGCUCCCCCAUGGAUGCGCCAGCGGAGCCGGGAUCUGUUCCUCCUUCUCCGUGUGAUCCGUGGGACGAUCCUGCAGAGCUGGGCUCGCCGCUCCCUGAGACGCUCCCCGGGAUGCUCCCUGACACUCCAGACAGUGCCUGGUGGGCCGGGAGCCAUGGCAGCCCCGGGAGGAGCCCCAGGAGCUGUGGCAGCCCCGGGAGGAGCCCCAGGAGCUGUGGCAGCCCCAGGAGGAGCCCCAGGAGCUGUGGCAGCCCCAGGAUCCGUGGCAGCCCUGGGAGCAGCCCCAGGAGCCAUGGCAGCCCUUCCUGCCAUGGCAGCCCCAGGAGCUGUGGCAGCCCCAGGAGUGGUGGUAGUCCCAGAAGCCAUGGUAGCCCCAGGAGCCAUGGCAGCCUGAGGAGCCAUGGUAUCCCCAUGAGCAGUGGUAGCCCCAGGAGCUGUAGCAGCCUCAGGAGUGGUGGCAGCCCCAGGAGCCAUGGCAGCCCCAGGAGCCAUGGUAUCCCCAGGAGCUGUGGUAGCCCCAGGAGCUGUGGUAGCCCCAGAAGCCAAGGCAGCCCCAUGAAUGGUGGUAGCCCCAGGAGCUGUGGCAGCCUCAGGAGCCAUGGUAGCCCCAUGAAUGGUGGCAGCCCCAGGAGCUGUGGCAGCCCCAUGAAUGGUGGUAGCCCCAGGAGCUGUGGUAGCCCCAGGAGCCAUGGCAGCCCCAGGAGCUGUGGUAGCCGUGGUAGCCCCUGGAGCCAGGCAGGGGAUGCCGGAGGGAGCCCCAGGGAGGAGCCCUUCCUGCCAGAGGACCUGGAAGGAGGCAGCAUUCCCAGUCCUGCACCUUUCCCAGCCUGGGAGUGUCCCCUGUGCGAGCCCUGGGAUGUGUGUGAGCACAACCCCGAGGGAUCCCAGGCGUUCCCCGAUCCCGACAGUGCCGGCACCGAGGUGGGACAGGGAGAAAUUCCAGCUUCUCCCAUCCCAUGGGACGAGCCCAGGGAACUCUCUGGAGAGCAUCUGGAGUUCAGUGAUGCUGAGGAUAUUUCGGAUCUGCUCCCAAGGGAAGAGCAGCUCCCAAGCCAAGACACACGUGAGGGCUUGGCCUUUGAAGAGCCACUGGAGAAUUCCUUUGGUGACUCAGACCAGGAAUAUUUUGAGGGGAAUUCUCGCUCCCCUCUUCCAAGCAGGAGUUCCUGCAUCAUGAGAUCCACGGAUGCUGCAGGAGCAAGGACUACCUGGGACAGCUCCUCCAGGAGCUCCGUGCACACAGAGGAGCGUGGGGAGGCCUGGGACUGGGACACCCCCAGGGAUUACGGGAGCUUUGUGGUCACCAGGCAGUGCCAGGAGAGGAUGGAACAUUUCCAGCUUCCCAGGAGGCGCAGCCGCCGUGCCCGGGAGUCUCACCUGGCCCGCUCCCUGAUGGGAACCUGGAGGGGCUUUGAGGAAAUCACCCAGAACACUUUGGACAUGGAGUGUCUCCGCUUCCAUUAUAAGCUAAAAGAAAUCCUAAGGAAUGGCAAACCCCCAUUUUCUACCUCCAAAAGCAUCUUCCCAACGAACUUUCCUCCCCGCCACGCCCCCAUCCCGCUGUCCCCGCGCAGCAGGAGCCCCUUGCAGGUGACAAUUCCCCCCUCGGGCGCGUGGCCGGACGGGCUCCACUCCCACAGGGACGCUUGGGCCAGCAGGAGAGGCCGAUGCCGGGCCAGGAGCCGGCACGCCGGGGCUGCCUUGCGCCUGGGCAGGCUGCGGUACGAGCACGCCCCGCCGGAGCCGCGCGGGGACGUGGCCGGCAUCCUGGACGAGUUCUCCGAGUUCCAGAGGGUGCUGCAGGCCAGGGCCGAGCCCGGCAGCGCGGCCCCGGCGCGGGGGGAGGCCCAGCCCCGCAGGACGGCGGCGUUCCGGGGCUUGGUGACGGAGCUGUGCGGGGCCCUGCGCUGCCACCUGCGCCGCGUGGCCGCCGGAGUGCAGCCCGGAAUGUUCUACCUGCUGGAGACUGGGAAGGAGCCCUUCUUCGACAGGGUGAAGGCGCUGCUGAAGGCAGAGGGGUUUGUGAGGAUGGAGCCCCUGAAGUUCUGCAGAGCCCAGCCCCGGGACAGCGAGCGGCUGCUGGUCAUCGUCAGGAACGAGGACAUCGCCUCCCACAUCCACACCGUGCCGUGCCUGCUGGAGCUGAAGCGCUGUCCCAGCGUGGUGUUCGCCGGCGUGGACGAUCCCGAGGAGGUGACAGGUGACACAUUCCAGGAGCUCUUCCAGGCUGGAGGAUUCGUGGUGUCUGAGGAGGAGCUGCUGGAAAGGGUGACCCUGGGCCAGCUGAAGGAGGUGGUGAAGGUGCUGGAGAAGCUGAACAGGAGCGGGAGGUGGAAGUGGCUCCUGCACCACAGGGAGAGCAAGAAGCUCAGAGAAGACCUCAGGGACGAUGCCAGUGCCCAGAAGAAGCAGCUGCUGCUGAGGUGGUGCCAGGGGGCAGAGCUGCUGGAGCUGCUGCCCUUCCACGGCUGCGACUCCGCGGCCGAGCCCCGGCGCGCCCAGUGCCUGCUGGAGCUGCAGGUGCAGCACGUCCGCGCCAGGUUCGCCGUGUACCUCACAGAAAAUCCCAGCAGCAGCUGCAGGGAGAUCCUGGAAAGCAAAGGGAUUCUUGUGGCUGACAUCAGCACCUUCCUCGGGACGGUGCAGAAAGUGGCUGCUCCCUUCAGAAGAAGCUACUGGUAA